AUGGACAGAAAAAAGAAGGAACCUGCAGCUGCAAACAGGGGAGAUAUAAAAAGAUAUUUUCUGCCACUUGCUAGUCGCACCGUCUCUAAUUCACCAAGCACCCAUGAAUCUGAUGCAAAUGAAAAUGUUAUGGAACAUCAAGAGGAAGAUCCAGAAGUGGAAGAAUGGAUUAGAUCUAUGGCCGCCGACACAGAACAAGUGGAAGAUUCCGUUGAAGCCACAAUGGAAGAGAAUGUUGAGGUUCUAGGAGCUGAAGGUAUAACUGAUUUCAUAGAUUACAUAAAACCUGAUCCAGGUCUUCGCAUUCCACUUGAUCGGUUUGCUCCCAAUGUUAGGGACGAUAUCACCAAAUCCAUCAAAGAAGAGAUGGAUGGUUGUCUUUUCUCUGUUCUUAUAGAUGAAUCCCGUGAUAUAUCUGUGAAAGAACAAAUGGCCGUGGUUGUGAGGUAUGUGAACAAGACUGGAGAUAUUAUUGAAAGAUUUUUGGGUAUUCGGCAUGUCCCAAACACAACAUCUCCAGCUUUAAAGAAGGCACUUUUGGAGUUGCAGCUGACUGUUGUUGCUUUAUCGAGGUGUUGCAAAGGUCUUGAGGAUUUCUUUGACGAUGUGAAAGAGAUUGCCAUUCUCUCUAGUUCAUCUUGCAGGAGGAAGGAUAUAUUGCUUGAUAAGCACAAAGAGAAUCUUCUAUCUAAGAUCAAGAAAGCGAUAGAAAUUUUGAGCAUUGUUGAGUAUGAUUCUCGUAAUCCAACUAAGGCAGGAGGUUAUGUUCAUAAAAUGGAGACUUUUAGUUUUGUGUUCCACAUGAAGAUGAUGUUAAGACUGCUUCGUAUGACAAAUGAUGUAUCUCUUCUAUUGCAAAAGAAGGAUCAGAAUAUUAUUCAGGCCAUAUCUUUGGUUAUGGAUGUGAGAACACGGUUGGUUAAUUGGAGAAAUCAUGGUUGGGAUUCACUCUUGGAAGAAGUCAAAUCAUUUUGCAUUGAAAAUGAGAUCAUAAUCCCAAACUCUAUUAUCACGGAGUUUGAUCAUCGCUUUAAUGAGGCAUCUUCAGAGGUUAUUCAGAACUUCUCUUGUCUUGAUCCAAGAGGCUCAUUUGCUAGGUUCGAUGUGAUUAAACUUGGUCGGCUUACAGAGAUUUAUCAUGAGGAUUUCUCUGAUUAUGAGCGAGAUCAUAUACAAGAUUCCCUUCAGUUAUUUCUUGUUCAUAUGAAGAGAGUUGAAGAUUUCAGAGUUUGUUUUGACAUUGCAAGCCUAGCUAAAAAGAUGGUUGAACUUGAAAGGCAUAUCAUGUUCCCUACAGUUUACCGUCUUAUUGAGUUGGCAAUGCUUUUACCGGUUGGGACAGCAACAGUUGAAAGGGCAUUCUCAGCUAUGAAGAUUAUCAAGACGGAGUUGCGAAACAAGAUGUCCGAUGGUUGGCUUAAUGAUUUGAUGGUGUGCUACAUCGAGCGAGGGAUAUUUAAAAGUCUUGAUCUUGGUGAAAUUAAAAAAGAUUUUCAAAGCGAAGGUAGAGCUUUGCCAUUGCCUGGAACUUCUAGACGACAUUAA